CAAUGUGACUUUACGUAGCUCUAUAAGCCCUUGUAUAGGCCGGCUGGAAGUGUACAAAAAUAAUCAGUGGGGCUUAGUGUGUCAUCACGGGUGGAUAAAAGAAAAUGGAGAGGUUGUGUGUAGAUCAUUAGGGUGUGGAAAUCAUAGGCGCUCUGAUAAAGAAAUGACCGUCUACAAACAUCCACCUCCACCCCAAAAAUAUUUAAUGGAACACGUGAACUGCACAUCUAAAGAAGAAAGCAUUUGGAAAUGCCCAAUUGUUGAAGCAGAUGAAACAGCCUGCACAAAUGAUUUUGUUGCUGUUGAAUGCUCUGGAACAGUUAGACUGAGUUUGAAUCUGAAUGAACAGUAUAAUAAAUGUGCUGGCGUGGUGGAGUUCUCAACGCCUGACGGCAUCAUCGGGGUCUGUAAUGAUAAAUGGGAUAAAAUCAAAGCAAAUAAGAUAUGUCAGGAGCUUGGUUGUGGAGAUCAUUUUUACAUCCCCAAGCCUGGAAUAUUCAAAGAACAACAGAGCAAACAAAAUGUAUUGCUUAAUUGUGUUGGCAAUGAGAAGUUCUCUUGGCAAUGUAUGGAGAGGUCAGACUGCAAGGAGCGAGCCAGUGUGAUCUGCACCAACCACGAGAGGUUCCGUCUACAAAAUGGCAGCCAUCUUUGCUCUGGGUUGGUGGAGAAGUACAGUGUCACAAAAAGCUCAGAGGUUCUUCAGCAGACAAACGUGAUGCCUGAAGACAUCUGUUCACAACUGAACUGUGGUUCCAAUGGAAAUUUCACAAACCAUAAUGGAACUAACAUACUGACGUGCUCAGACACCGUCAAACUCCGCAACUUCACCAAAAAGUGUUUUGGAGCUGUUUCCGUUGAUGUGAAUGGCACUAAUUAUAGAGUGUGCUACAGAGAUCUGACUUUGUCCCUUAGAAUGGGGGCAGUGGUCUGUCGAGAGCUUGGCUGUGGCAAGGUGCUUCACGUGCAAGAGAACCAAUUCUUAAAUGAUUUGAUGAUUAAUGUUGAGUGCCAGGGUGACGAGAAGUCACUGUGGCAUUGUCUAGUAAAUCGUGAGACAAAACAAUGCAUGGGAACCAAAGUUAUAUGUUCAGACAGCUUGGAUGUACAUCUGAGUGAUGGUCUGGGUCGCUGUUCUGGACGUGUAGAGGUGCAGUGGGAGGGCUCAUGGUGGACCAUUGGCUCUGGCUGGACCACUGAGAAUUCAGACGUGGUGUGUCAACAUCUCAGUUGCGGUACAUCUAACAGAACAACUACAAAACAUUUCAUACCAGUAAAUCAGCAGCAACUGAAAUCGUCAAAAAAUUGUAAAAGCUCUUCAGCAAAGCUCCAUGAGUGUUUUGUUGAAACCUCCACUGAGCCUCCUUUCAAGCCAUCAAGCCAAAAAGAGCAAGACACAAAUAUAAUUUGCAAAAAGGAAGAACUUUUGUCCUUUGAAGGUGAUUUGCCCUGCCAGGGAAGAGUACGCAUCGAGUCAAUUGAUGGUGAGACCCGCUGGCUGCUAAUGGGAGAAAACAACACAAAAGCCAGCAACAUAUGCCAUGUAAUGCAGUGUGGAUCUCUGAAAUCAUUUGUUCCGGCGCAAAACAUGACACAUGCCAAUGUCACAUGUUCAGGAUCAGUGAGUGUGAAGCUUUCAAAAGGUUGCUGGGGAACGGUGGAGGUCUGCAGAGAGGAGCAAGUAGGGGAGCGCGAGUGUGGAGAGAUUUGUAGCUACACUUGGAGAACAAAAGAGGACUCCAAUAUGAUCUGUGGGAACCUGGGCUGUGGAACACCAAUUCCGGGCCAAUUAACACAUCAGAUAAAUAGUCCAAAUGUGAGCUACUAUAGUGUGUACUGCUCAGAAAAUGUGAAACAUAUGAGCAUGUGCAACUUUAUUCCCAAGAAAAACUUUAUCUGCAACAUCCCAGCCCAAGUGAUAUGCACAGACAGCAUCAAAGUUAGACUGGAGGAUCCGAGAGACAAAUGCGCUGGAAAAGUGUCGCUGCUUUACGCUGGGCAGUGGAUACCUGUCUGCCAAGACAAUAAUAAUGAAGCACUUAAAACUGCAAUCUGCAGGGAACUGAAUUGUGGGGACAGUCUGCAGGGAAAUGACCAUCUUAGAUUGACAUUGCAUGACGAGUCCCAAAUCCCAGGACUAUCGGGAAUUAAAUGUCAGGAUCAAGCCAACUCUGUUUCUAAAUGUGACCUCAGGAAUGUUUCAUUGAAAAACAAAUGUACUUUUAUGUAUAUAAAAUGCACAGAUUGGGAACGAUUGCUCCUCUAUAAGAAGGAAGGUGAAUGCAGUGGUCCAGUAUAUGGUUUUAGAAAUGGAAAAACACAGCUCGUCAGAGAACAGGAAUGGGGCCUCAAGGAAGGACAAAAGCUGUGCGAGUAUCUGCAGUGUGGAAACUACACAUCACACUCCACACGUGACAUACACGAUAAUACUACAGAGUGGUGGAAUAAGACCUAUAAUUGCUCAGGGACGGAGAACAUGUUGGAGUGCGAGAGCCGCGAUCAGCCCGUCCAGGGUCAGCGGCAGUUAAGCAUCCAAUGUGACCGUAAACCUCCAGCCAUUACGCUCUCAAAUAAUUGCACAGGCAAGGUGCUCAUAAAUAAGGAGCAUGUUAGUGCAUCUCAGUGGCUUGAUAAGAUGUCGGACAAUUUAUGUAACAACCUCGGCUGUGGUAAUGCCAUCCAACACUGGAGCGUUAAAACAGACACAAAAAAAUGCUGGCAUUUCAGUUGCACAGGAUUGGAGACAUCGGUGUGGCAGUGUGGCUCUAAGAAGGACAACUGUGAGAACAUCCUCUCUGUGGCCUGUAAAAAUAGUGUUAAAUUCAGCUCCACUGAGAAGUGUGGCGGUAAGCUUGGGAUCAAGUAUAAAGGGCAAUGGGAAUAUGUCUGCGGAAAACUGACUGACACUGAUGCUGGGAAGGUUUGCAAUGUGCUCCAGUGCAAAGAUAAUCAAGAACUGCUGAAUGAACAGGAAAUAGUCAAGGAAAUAAAGGUGAACAUUAAAUGUCCAGAAAGCCACCAGAACAUUUUUCAGUGUGUGAACCUUCUCAAAAAUCCUGAAUGCAGUCUUGGAUAUGCUGACAUCAAAUGUGAAGGUUAUAGUCCAAAAGUAGGUAUUUCUUCAGUGCGUCUGGUAUUGGGUCUAUUAGGAGGCAUGCUGGGGUUGCUGAUUUUGUUUUUGAUGAUCAGAAAUCGGAAACGCCUACUUUUAGCUUUAAGUCAUUACAGAAAUAAGAAUGGCAAAGACAUGAACACUGAUAUGAAUGAAAUGGAUAAGAUGGAUGCAGAGAACAGAGAUUUGUCUGAACAAAAUGCAUUGUUUUUAGAUAAUGAUGAGUAUGAGGAUGUGGAUUCUCUCAUGGAGAAGUCAGGAGAGGAGGAUGAAGAUGACAGAAAGAGAGAUUCUUCUGGUACAGAAUAUGAUGACAUUGAGGGACAAGCAAAUGGAAUCUCUCCUUCUCAAACCCACCAUGAUGACAAUGUCAACCUCCCUCUCCUGCCCAAGAGACCCGAGAACAUUCUUGAUCAGGACACCUAUGAAGUGGAGAAAGAGAAAGAGGAGGACUAUGAUGAUGUCAUACCUAUCGAGCCUGCAGCCAAUGAAAAUGCAGGGACGACAGGGACACAAGCACAUGUAGAUGUAGACGUGGAUGAAGGUGCAGAUUCAGAAGCAGGUCCAGGUGCCGAGGCUGUACUGGUGACCACAGAGGUAGAAGUUCACACUCAGUGAGAGUAAUGAAGCAGCCACGUGACCAAAUUGUCUUUUAAGUUAAUGUUAAUAAGAGAUAAGAUUCUUUUUCAAAGAAGUAGAAUACUGGGAAGAUUAUACGGAUAAUAAAUGCUGAUGCUAACUCUCAAGAUUUAUCUCAAGAUGUAUAGUAUAAAAGAAUGGACAUACAGGCAAAACUGAUUUGGAAUAACAAAAUCUUUAAUUAAUUAUCUUCACAGCAGAGUAUGACUUGAUAAAAAGAGCCAGUCAAAUUUUAUGUAAUUAUUUAUGUUUUGAUGUGUAGUUGUUUUGAAAUUGUUUUGAUCUGUUUUCUUCUGUUUUGCUUCAUUUGUUUUUAGUCUGUUAAAGCUCAUGAGCAGGCCCACAUGAACUCAGCAAAAACCUUGAAAUUUAAAUUUAAUAUAGGCUAUCCUGUUCGUUUGAUUUGGUAAUAUCUUUGAAAAUUCUACAAGGUCAAUGCUUUUAAAAUGUUUAAGAUCUGAAGUUCAUUUAAUGGAAUGAUUCACCCAAAAACUAAAAUUAGAUGAAAAUUUCCAAUUUGCUGAAAAGCUUGUUCAGUACAGAUUUGGAGAAAUUUAGCAUUACAUAAUUUGCUCACCAGUGGAUCCUCUGAAGUGAAUGGGUGCCGUCAGAGUCCAAACAGCUGAUAAAAACAUCACAAUAAUGCACACCACUCCAGUCCAUCAAUUAACAUUUUGUGAAGUGAAUAGCUGCGUGUUUUAAGAAACAAAUCCAUUAUUAAGACAUUUUUAACAUUAAACCGUUGCUUCUGACUAAAAAUAAGUCCAUAAUCCACUAACAUAUUUGAACUGUUUGGAAUGUUUUUCUUGUAAACAGUGCUUGAUCUGUACACAUUUUCACUGGAUAAAGUAAUAUUAUGGAUAGAGGACUCAUGUUUUAGCUGGAAGCAACAGUUUGAAGUUAAAAACAUCUUUAUGGAUUUGUUUCUCUGUUUCUGGACUGGUGUAGUGUGGAUUAGUUGUAAUUUAUUGUUAAGUUUAUAUCAGCUGUUUGGACUCUCAUUCUGACGGCACCCAUUCACUGCAGAGGAUCCAUUGGUGAGCAAGUGAUGUAGUGCUAAACUUCUCCAGAUCUGUUCCCAUGAAGAAACUAUUCCUAUUUUACACUAUGUAAGAGCAGUGGGAUAUCCAUUUAGUUUCCAUCCAUUUUCUGGGUCAAUAACAAGGCAAACAUUAUCAUGUAAAAAUACAUUUAGUUAUGCAAAAAGCAAAUGGAGCAAAUGAAUUAAUCUGUAAUCAAUAGUUUCCUUAAUGCUCCAUGAUAGUACUAAAAAAUUUAAAAUGAUGCUCUCAAAGUCACAAAAAAUGAAAACCUACAUUAGGUGCUAUUUUGGCAAAAACUAUACGCAGUAUAAUUUAUUUGCGCUGACUCAUGAGCAUGUGUAUUAAUUUUACUAAACUAUCACUUUUUUUUAAGAGAUGUUACUUAUUUUUAAAUUGAUUAUAGUUUUUAAUACAAUUUUACAAAUUUACAUUUUGAAUGAUUAAACCAUAAACUCAAAUAAUGCAUUGUUUAGAAUUUUUGCAGGCAUUUUGUUUGAUCUGCCUUUUGUUUUUCUUUUUUUUUUAAAUUGCUUUUAUAGAUAUUUC